CAUAAAGAUCCUGCACACGCCUAGUCUUCUGAGCCGUCCCCUUUUCCUUCUCGACUACCACCACGACUCCGCCACCCGCCUAUACCUCCCGUCACGACCGUCAUGCCCUACAAGCUCGCGCAAUCCCUGUCCGGCCACACCUCUGAUGUCCGCGCAGUCGUUUCCCCCAACGACGACCUCAUUCUCUCCGCCAGCCGCGAUACUACCUCGAUGACAUGGACUCGUUCUUCCCCGGCCGCGCCCUUCGCCCAGUCCGCCGUCCUCAGGCCGGGCUCCAAAUACGUCAACUCGCUGACGUACCUCCCACCCACCGCGGACGCCCCCGAAGGCUACGUGGUCACCGGCAGCCAAGACGGCCUCGUCAACAUCUUCUCGCUCUCUAGUACCCGCAGCGAGCCGUCCUUCACGCUCGUAGGACACCAGCAAAACGUCUGCGUCCUGCACGCCUUACCUGACGGGACGAUUGUAUCGGGAUCGUGGGAUCAGACCGCCAGAGUCUGGAGAAAUUGGGCCGAGCUCUACGUACUUCGCGGCCAUACGCAAGCUGUAUGGGCCGUGCUGGCCCUUGACUCAGAGCAGUACUUGACAGGCUCUGCCGACAACACAAUCAAGCUGUGGCACUCCCACAAGGAGAUACGGACAUUCAAUGGGCAUACACAAGCUGUUCGCGAUCUAGUGGCGAUUCCGGAUAUCGGCUUCGCCUCGUGUUCGAACGACAGCGAGAUCCGUGUCUGGACCCUCGAAGGCGACGUCGUGUUCACUCUGUCAGGGCACACAUCGUUUGUCUACAGUCUAGCGCUGCUACCGGAUGGUGGACUCGCUUCGACCGGAGAAGAUCGUUCUUUGCGUAUCUGGAAGGAUGGCGAAUGUGUCCAGACCAUCACGCAUCCUGCAGUCUCGGUCUGGUCGGUAUCGGCCAUGCCGAACGGCGAUCUCGUAACUGGUGCCAGCGACAAUUUUAUCCGGGUUUUCAGCGCGUCUGAAGAGCGAUGGGCCUCCCCAGAGCAGCUGAAAGAGUACGACGAGCGCGUCGCGGGUAGUGCUUUGCCGUCGCAGCAAGUCGGUGACGUGAACAAGUCCGAUCUGCCUGGAGAAGAUGCCUUGCUGCAGCCCGGCACGAAAGCAGGUGAGGUCAAGAUGAUACGUAAGGGAACCCUUGUCGAAGCCCAUCAGUGGGACACUGCGACCAUGGCCUGGCAAAAGAUUGGCGAGGUAGUCGACGCCGUCGGCUCGGCUCGCAAGCAACUCUAUCAGGGCAAGGAGUACGAUUACGUGUUUGACGUCGACGUCCAGGACGGCGUUCCGUCACUGAAGCUUCCGUAUAAUGCCAACGAAAACCCGUAUUCAGCGGCACAGCGCUUCCUGCAGAACAACGAGCUUCCUCUUAGCUAUCUCGACGAGGUUGUCCGCUUUAUCGAGAAAAACUCGCAAGGAGUGAACUUGAGCUCGGGUCCCAAUGAAUUCGCGGAUCCCUUCACCGGUGCUUCUCGCUAUCAGCCACAAAACACCACGAAUACUACUGGACAGGAAUAUAUGGAUCCCUUCACUGGCGCGUCAAGGUACAGAGCGGCACCACAGAACACGCCGCCGCCGCCUGCACCGGUCUCAACAGGGGACCCGUGGACUGGCGCGUCGAGAUACACCAGCUCUGCCGCCCCUGCCGCCCCUGCCACCCCUUCUACCCCUGUUUCUCCUGCGGCACCCACUCCGUCAGCAGCCAAGUCGCGCUUCACGCUUCCGGUUCGAGGAACACUAUCGUUUAAACAGGCAAAUGUCCCUGCAAUGCAGAAUAAACUUUUCCAGUUUAAUCAGGAUCUGCAGAACGAGAUUUCGACAGCGACCUUGGUCAUGUUUCCGGACGAACGAAGUCUCUUAGAGGAAGCGUUCCUGUACCUGGAGCAGGCCGUGUCUGGCGUAUCACCGAUUACGGCGCCUGCAGUCGAAAGAGAGCACGUAGAAGCCGUCAUCUCUCUUCUACAACGCUGGCCGCCAACUUCCCGCUUCCCGCUCAUCGACCUAUGUCGACUUGUCAUUGGCUAUUGCAGCAACGCGUACUCUGACGCCGUCUUCAGACAAGAGUUCUUCCGCACGCUCUUCAAGCAGGCAGAGUGGUCUGAAGAAUGGGGUGCGGCACAACGUUCAAGAGACACAAAUAUUCUACUCCUCAUGCGUGGUCUUGCCAACGCCUUCCAAGAUGACACGAACCUCGGGGACGGCGUUUGGGCUGAUGAGAUCCUGCAACGGCUACAGGAGGCGUCAUAUCCUGCACUUUCAAGGGCAGCGCGGAUAGCGCUCGGCACGCUUCUGUUCAACCUGUCGUGCGUCGCCCUUCGAGAACGGCUCGAUCCUCGGUUGCGCCAGCGGCAGGUGACCUUGAUCGUCCAGGGCCUGGAGCAGGAACGAGUUGACUCGGAACCGGCCUACCGCUUGCUAGUCGCCCUGGGCAACGCCGCAUACACGGCACGACAUGGACAGCCCCCACUCGAACCCGCACAAGUCACGCGGGCGAAGGAGGCUCUGGCUGCCGUCACGAGCGCGUUCCCCGAGGAGAGGAUUGGGUCCAUGAUCCGUGCGAUUAAUAGCAUCCUCUGAACGAAUAGCUCACGCGUUGUUGGCGCUUUAUACUGGAACGGGGUGAUAUAAUUAGGCGACUUGUAUGGACUGCGUAUAUGCUGCUGUUAGGAGAGAUGACAAGGACAGUUGUGCACUGCAGUAGAUAUAUGUAGACAAAAAGUGGAUGACUCCAUUUGUUUAAGUAGGAUAGGAUGGUAUGUACAUGGUUACAGGAAUCUCACGUUGCAUCGCCCUUACGAACGCCUGAACCCUAGCUUGAAGGCGGGAGCUUCCGGCGAAUCCCGUCGUGGCCACGCGCGAGCGGUUCCGUUCAUACAGAGCUUGUUCUUGUUCUGAUCGAUUCGUCCAAGAUGGGGAAGGUAUCUGUGUACAUCGUCCGACAUGGCGAGACACAGGAGAAUCGGGACGGGAUCAUGCAAGGGCAGCUCGACACGGAGCUGAACGCAGCAGGACUCGAGCAGGCAGAGCUAACUGCGGACGCACUGGAGAACGUACGCUUCACAGCGGCGCACUCGAGCGACCUGAAGCGUGCGGUGAAGGUGCGCAGUCUCGAGGACGUUCCACGUAGAAGCUGGCGGUCGCACCGCGGGGGCACUAACGACGCUGCGCCACCCCACAUAGACUGCCGAGAUCAUCCUGGCAAAGCAAUCGGGCGUGGCACUGCAGACGCACGAGGCGCUGAGAGAAAGGGUGCGUUGCUCGCAACGCACGAUUCCAAGGGACAGCGCAGCAGGGCUGAUUACGGCGUCGCUGGCAUUCGCCUGUUUUCCUUUUUUCUGCACACAGUACAUGGGCGACAUGCAGGGCCGAGGCAUCGCUGGGUGGCAUGCCGAGCUGCCUGCGAACAUGGAGCCGGCGGCCGCGUUUGUACAGCGGGCAGACCGGUGGUGGAAGAACACGGUCGUCCGCUACGCCGCUGCGGCGGCGACAGGCGGCGCGGAUGGCGGUGUUCGGAUUGGAAAUGCCGGGCAUGCCGAGGAGCAGCACGUCCUGGUUGUCUCGCACGGAGGCCUGAUUCACGUCAUGCUGCAGAAUCUUAUCGAGAGUAGAAAGCUGGGGCUGGGGGAAGGCGUGCACGUCGGCCGAUACAGGUUCCCGAACGCCUCGGUGACGGUCGUGGAGGUGGAAGAGGACGGGAGGGGGACUGUGGUGUUGUUCGCAGACACGACGCACCUCGACGUGGAGCUCGUCGAAGGCAACGCUGACGUCGUCGAGGAGCGGUAGAAAUACGUCAAAUACAGCUAGUUGCGUUUGCCGUGCGCCAGAAAUGGUGAGUAGAACGCGGUAAGUAGUGGAGCGCCCGUGUCGAGGCUGUACAUGCGCGGUGGAUUUAUCCGUCUGGGCUUGGCAAAACUCACAUCGUGCUACGUUGGCUGUCCCCUUAUACGUCCAGAGCCUCCUGAGGCCCCCUUUCCCAUCCUUCUCUCCGCCAUCAUGUCCAGUCUACCAAUCACUGCGAACGAAACAACACCCUUGGUCAAUGGCAAUGGAAAUUCCACCCGCCAGCCUUUCUCACGGCGCAUGAUGGGCGUCCUGAAAGCAGAAGGACAGCCGUCUUGGCUUUCGUCAUUCCAGUUCUUCAUCUUUGGUUCCUGGCUCAACGUUCUCCUCGUCUUCGUGCCUCUUAGCGCGGUUGCACACUACUCAAACUGGGAUGCAGCCCUACGCUUUUCGUUCAGCUUCAUAGCCAUCAUGCCUCUAGCUGCACUAUUGGGUGCAGCCACGGACCAGAUGUCGUUGGAGCUCGGCGACACGCUCUCCGGCUUGCUUAACGCGUCCUUUGGCAACGCAGUCGAAAUCAUUGUUGGGGUUGCCGCCCUGCUGCAGGGUAAGCUGCGUGCUGUCACGCUUGAGUCUUGAAGCCAGCUCAUCAACUUUUGACAUUCAGGGGAGCUCCGUAUUGUGCAGACGUCAGUAAGUAAGUUUAUAUAUGCGUCC